AUGCAGAUGCACACAUUCCUAUCUGCCUCCCCGUACGGACUCGGGAUACGGGACACGGGACGGGAGCGAGCGGGCGGCCGUGUGGAGGCCUCUCUCAUACGGUACCCACGGGAUUAUCAACGCGGAGAACCAGGGCCCACGAUGUCGAGUGAAGUGCAGCGAGCAGACGACAGCCCCAGCACCAGUGGAGGCAGCUCUGACAUCGAGCAGAGGGAGCCAGCGCCGCCUGAACAGGACCAGGAGUCCACACAACCCAAGAAAAAGGAGACCAAGAUCUCCAGCAAGACCGCUGCCAAGCUGUCCACCAGUGCCAAGAGGAUACAGAAGGAGCUGGCAGAGAUCCACCCUCGACCCUCCUCCAAACUGCAGGUGAGCUCUCUUCUCUGCGCUGGUCCUAAAGGAGACAACAUCUAUGAGUGGAGGUCCACCAUCCUGGGCCCUCCUGGCUCUGUAUAUGAGGGAGGAGUCUUCUUCCUGGACAUCGCCUUCACCCCAGACUACCCCUUCAAACCUCCAAAGCAGAUUGUUGGGGGUAGUUUGACCUCAAGAGACAAUCACAGGCUGAUGAGGAGCUUUGAGGUCUCUGUGGGUUCUGUGAUCAUCUCUGGGGGAGCUAUGAGCGGACCCUCUGGUCGGGAGCAUCGCCACACAGUAUCUGACCAACAGAACGGAACACGACAGAAUAGCCAAACAGUGGACCAAGAGAUACGCCACAUAGACCCUAACCCUCUGGCCCCUUUCUGA